GUAAUUAUCUGUGGUGGUCAUGAUCAUUAAUCAGUGUCCUCUUCAAGAAAGUUGGUGCACUUUCGAAAACAAAGAAAAAUAAAGAAAUGGGAAAAAUAUUCCUGGAUCAUAUCGGAGGCACCCGUUUAUUCUCAUGUGCUGCCUGCGAUGUGGUGCUGACCAACCGUUCUGAACUUAUUAGCACUAGAUUUACUGGAGCCACAGGUCGUGCUUUCCUCUUCCACAAAGUGGUAAACUUGGUGUACUCUGAAGUUCAAGACCGGGUGAUGCUAACUGGCAGGCAUAUGGUGCGCGACGUCUCCUGCAAAAACUGUGGCACCAAACUGGGCUGGGUCUAUGAAUUUGCCACAGAGGAGAAUCAAAGGUAUAAAGAAGGCAGAGUUAUCUUAGAACGAGCAUUGGUAAACGAAACUGAAGGAAUAGAAGAAAUUCCCGUAAAUAAUGAUGACUAAAAAGAUUUUUUUUACUUCUAUUUGUUAUUUUUAUAAGUAUUUGCCACAGUUUCGCAAUCAUACAGUUGGAAAACCAUACUAAACUGAUAUUUCUCUGAAAUUUGCUGUCUAAGUUUUUAAUUUGAUAGAAAUUAAAAUGAGAACAAUUACUCUCAGGGUAGUCUAAAAAUUUUGGAAGUCUGAUUAAUCUCUCUUAAUUGUUUAUUGAAAAACCAAGUUAAAGGUAUCAUUACUAAUUUUAAUUGCCCUAUGAUCAUAGAAAGUAUCUACUAUAUCCAAAAAUGUUGAAUUUUUACAAAAAUUUGCUACAAAUUGCAAAUAAUAUUAAAAAAAAAGGAUCUCCGGGAAAACUUGUCAUGGCAGCACUAUAGACGUUGUAGGUAAACAAGACCUGUAUAGAAAGUCCUUGUUUAAUAACUAAACUUAAUUGAUUUUUUAUUGAUAAUACGAAACUGAGAAAUUUAUAGUUUGUAAUCACAUAAUACUUGAUAAAGGCAGUGAUUUUCGAAGUUCUUAAGGUUAAAAAAUUAUGUUUAUGCAGACGUGGGGUCAUUCUACGUUUUACCUAGCGCAUCGCUAGAUUUUGCAGUUUUAUUUACUGAAAAUAAAUAACAAUCCCGCAAAGAAUAUAAUUAAAAAUCCGUUUUUCAUUGUAAAUACAAUAAUUUAGCGGUUCCUUGUUAUCAUGGCUAUUAUUAACUUACAAUAAAGGCUGAUUUUUAAAUCGGCAGUCGACUUCUGAAUCGACGCGCUGUACAAGUAGGAAUGUUCCAGAACUGUAUGCUUGCUAAGCUGUUAAUUUUUUUUUUUGCAUUAAAACAAAAUUGUUGGGAGUUAAAGUAGUUGUUGUGAACUUUCAUGAUUUAUCUCAUUGAAUAAAGUAAGUUUUGACUUUGA